AUGGCCGAGCCACAGCAAAAGACCGUCGAUCUUCUUGUUGACUGGUUCGUCCGCCAUGGCGGCUAUGUGCACCCCAGCGUGCGCUUCGGCCAGGACUCUUAUGGAGGUGUGGCCGCAUUCGCAAACGAGGACAUCUCCAAUCCUCCCAGCGGCGGGCUCCACCUCUUGACAUGUCCGCUGGAACUGCAGCUCUCUCACCAUCAAGCCCCCAAGGCUAUCCAAGACCAACUGCCAGAGCACAUUCUCCGCAACAUAUCUCUAGUCACAGAAACACUUCUUGGUGAGAAGUCACUUUGGGCGCCCUACAUCGAAUGUUUGCCCAAGAGUAACCAGCUGCAUACCCCCAUCUUCUUUUCCGAGGAUAUGACCCAAGAAGCCGUCAAUGAGAAGCGGAACGAUACUGCCUGGCUUCUCGGUACCAACCUUGACAAGGCAUGGCGGCCUCGGGCGGAGCAAUGGAAAGAAGACUGGGAGAGUGCCGUCCGCGCUCUGGAGAAGCAGGGCAUUGCAGCUGAGAGCUACACCUGGGAGCUCUAUAAAUGGGCCGCCACUAUCUUCACGUCGAGAUCCUUCAUCUCCGACCCCGGCAUGAGCAAAGACAAUGCAUCCCAUGCCGUCCUCCUGCCAGUCAUUGACCUGCUCAACCAUCGCUUCCCUGCAAAAGUGUCCUGGUUCUUCGACCACGGCGCCUUUCAGUUCAAGACAGAAGAGGUGGUCGCUAAAGGUCAAGAGAUCUUCAACAACUAUGGCGGUAAAGACAACGAAGAGCUCUUGAACGGUUACGGUUUCUGCAUUCCCGAAAAUUAUUGCGACGUAUCAGCAAUCCGAUUCGGACAGUUGCCUCCUCCACUCACCGCAGAACUCGUAAGACUUCUUGGAGAAUGGGAUCCCGCUCAAACACACUACAUCAGAGGCCACGACCACCUGCUCGGCCCAUACAAGGUAUCACUGCCAGAGCACCCAGAUGUUACGUCCUCAGGUGUGCCGCAGACGAUUUGGACUGUCAUGGAAGUCCUCAAAAAAUUCCAAGAUGAGCAGCAGGGGCAGCGUGCGCAGUGGCGUAGCACGCUUUCGGCACGGUGUGACCUGCUCGAGAUCCUGGCUACCAAGUAUGACAACAUCGACCAGUACUGUGACUUCCUCCCGGAAGCUCCCAAGAACAUGAAGCAACAAUACGCGAAGAUUUACCGGGAUAGUCAGAUGAUGAUUCUCAAGGAGAACCAUGCCGAUGUUGAGAAGCUGGUGGAGAAAGCCAACUUCACAAGCCUCGAGGACGCCGUCCAGGCUUUGAAGGAGGACAAGGAAGAAAUAGGUGGGAAGAGGUGGAUCGAAGCGAUGGAGAUCACCUUUAAGACGGAUGAUCUUGCAUCUCUUCGGGAACAGGGUGUAGAGCGAGAGGCUUGGAUCCUUUGGCUGUGUGCUGCAUGGCUUUCUCUCUCUACCUUAGAAGAUAGCGAGUCAUCUCGUAUCUCAACAUGGGUCAAAGAUCUUCUGGAGUCUCAUCCAUACGACGAGUCCGACCCUGACUCACACCUGCCGGUUGUCAUUCGGCAACUGCGUGGGCAUGCCGACGGCAUCUGGCAGGAUCCAAAGUUCAGCGCUGGGCUGUACCACUGGGCGGGUGAGGUGGUGGAUGCAGAGGCGAGGAUGUUGGCAUACCUGGACGACAACGAAAACCAAGGGAAGCUUCUCAUCUGCAUGAAGGACUGA